AGGGAGGGGGUGCAGGAAUAUGAGUGUGUAUGCAUUUUCAAGGCGGUCUUUCUGUUGCAAGAAGAAGAAAAAAAACACAGUAGUCUAACAGGAAAACGAACAGCUCGAGCUUCUGAUGGAGGCAUGGGAAUGCAAUUUGGUGACGGAAACUGACGUCCGGGAGCUUCUCGCCGUAAUGGAGGCUUGAGGGAAAAAAGGCGACGGGGUUUUAAUUUGAGUUGGAGAUAGGUGGAAUCACCUCAGCGGCGUGUGGAAGAGGGGAGCGAGGCGAGGGAAGGGAAGGAGCGGGGAGGGGGCGGGGGUGUGUGGAGCUCGCUGGCUACGGGACCCACAGGCACCCCGAUUGUACGCCGCUCUCAUCAUUUUUUGGAGGUGAGGACAAAAGAAAAAAAGGGGAAACCGGGAGGAAAGGCCCGGGCUCCGAGUGUCGUGACGGCCCCCCCCCGACUCUGCCGCCGCUGGCCGGGGCUGUCUGGACUCAAAGGGCUGGCGGAAAAGCGGCGGAGCAGCCGACUCAAGACUGGGGUUUCCUGCCACAGCAGCGGGAUUGUCACAAAACAGCCUUUCACUCUUCGAGGGGCCUUGUAUUGCUACGUUUUUCAGUCGCAAGGAUUUCUGGUCAGCAGCUCACGGACAAUGAACUUGUAUGCAUGGAUAUACUCCAAAAAACACAGUACGGGAGCCCGAAUUGAUGGAACCUGAGGUGGAAUAAAUGGAUUACCCUAACUUUGGAAAAUUGUUGCCGUGGAACUGUCCAGCAUUAAAUGAUGGUUGACGAAACACGCCAAAGGUAAGAUGGCUGAAUGCUGAAGGCCACAAGCUGAGGCAAAGCACCGAGAAAGAAGACAGCACGAGGCGGGGACCAAAUCGUUCGACUGGGGAAGGAGAGAAAGCGUUUCCCUCUGCACCUAAGAGCGGAUGAGAAGAUCCAUGGAGUGUUUGCCUCCAGGAGUGUUUAGUGAAGCUAAGCAUUCAAACCUCUCCUUUCUCUUACUGGAUUUUGUGUCUCACACAGGUGUGAGUCGGGUCUGGGGAAACUUCCACAUGUUGACAAACUGAAGGACUGCAGUCACACCAAGCAAUCUCAAUGGUGUUUUUUUUUAGAUUUUACUGCUUUUCUUUUUCUUUUUUCUUUUUUUUGUAUUUUCUGCCCUUGGAUCAAAGCUGGGUUUAAUCCUAGAAUAGCUCUCUUUGCUUGAGCUGUUAUUAUAGUGGAGUGCGUCCAUGUAAAGACAUUUUAAAGUUGAAAGUCAUGGUGGGAUGUGGCAGGCGUCCAUGAUAUCAUUGCAUUCUCAGUGCCAAACUGCUUCGUGGGAAUAACUGCUCACGCUUAGCUUCCCAUUUUUCUGAAGUAGGAAUCUUCUUCUCGACCCAUCUCUUGUGAAACAAGAUGUUUUUGGAGGCCCAGCAUUGAGAGGAAGCCUUUUGAAGUGGAGAAAGAGUCUUUUCGCUUUGAAUAUGUAGGAUUUUUAAAGAUUUUGAGCCUUCUAUGUUGUUGGUAAACUCUUUCAUGUUCCAUAUCCUAAGCCACACAUUACGGGAUGGAAAUUGAUUUCAACGUCUGCAAUGUUUUUCAUUUAAUCCUUUGCUACAGCUUUUAGUGGAUUUAAUAAGCUUUUUCUUGUUUUAAUACCGGGCUGUUGAGUAAGCCUUACAGUUUUUGGACUGAAUCAUUCCAUGAUAUAGACACUGACAAAUAUCUCUUUUCUUUUCUUUUUUUCUCUUAAAAAUCCAAACUUGGAAAAAGGAUGCAGAAUUUUUCGAACAGUCCAGCUCCUCCCUCUAUCCCCCCUGGGUUCAGUGGGAGGGGUGUAGGUGGAGCUCCUUAUCCCCCUCAGCCAGCAGAGCCCCAGAUCUCCCCGAGGAUGACAGAUGAUUAUGCAGGGAUGCAACAGCAGAGUCUGCACAGAGGGCAUCACCACCCCGGGCAGGCCAGUCACAUGCUCGCUUACAGUGCAAGAAAUAGAGGAGCUGGGGAGCCACCACCAUCACAGAGUAACAUUCACAGUGGCAGCGGUAACAACCCCUACAGGAAGGAUGCUAUGGAUUAUUAUUUUUCAAUGGGUGGAAAGGACAGACACAGACGGGGAGGUAUGAGUUAUGGGGGAGGGUUUGGGUACCCCACUAUUGAUGGACAUAUACCUCACCAGUACCGGCAUCCUGGAUCGAGCUCCGCACCGUCCUCUGGCCUCAUGUCACCGUAUCCUGUAGACUAUGGCUCCGGUGCUGCUUCGGGUGGGGGAGCCGGAGCCUUUUCUCCUUCUCAUCAGUACAGCAUGAACCAGAACCCAGCAAUGCAGUCGGUGCCAGGUUCCCAGAUGCACCGCCAGCACGGGCAGACCUUUCCUGUCCACCACGGACAGCAGCACAGGAGCUACACACACUCUGGCCACAGAAUGACCCCACAAUACCCACAUUUCUCUCCACAGGGUGGAGCGUCCACGGGGUCGUCAGGAAUGUAUAGCCCCCCUCCGCAGAGGUAUAUUGAUGGAGCUGCUAGCACUGGCUUUGAUCCCAAAGUCAACAGUUCUCCCAGUGUCAACUCCAGUUCAAACUCAAUCUCUAGUUCAGUUGCUGCUAACAAUGUGGGGCCAAUGGAGAAUGUUCAACAGAGCUACCAUGCUGCAAACUAUCACGUAUACUCCCCACAGUCACACUCCCUUCACAAGCAGGCCACACUACAGCACCGCAACUCGCAGCAUGGUUUAGGCGUAGGAUAUGACGGAUCUCUGAAGAUGCAGCAUCAGGGUCCAUCCCCGGGUUCCGUUUAUGCUAAACAUCAGGCCUCCGCUCCCAGUUUACCUCAACCAGCAUCUCAAGAACUGGCCAAAUCCCCGAUGCAUCCCAAUGCGCAGCAGACUCCGAUGAACCAAAACUUCAGCCCGAUUUCCAACCCCUCCCCAGUUGCCUCAGCAGUGCAUUCCCCUAGCUGUAGCUCCUCGCCUUCCCCUUUGAUGGGCGUCCCAGAGGCACAUGGAAACCCGUCAGGCCACGGUCCCUCGCAUCCGCCGCCAUCAAACCCCCGUAGCAGCCACGGCCAUGGUAGAUUACUGCAGACUAUGCCUCAGUUAAGUCCCACACCCAACUCGAAUAGCAGCAUCAGUAGUUGUGGUAGCAGUGCUAGUCAUAAGGCUCACAACCCAGUUGGGGGAAGCAGUCUUCCUACGUCGGGCCGCAACAAGCUGGGUCAUGGUGGCGGAAUUGGAUCCAGAGAGGAGGGCUUGUCGGUUUACUCGACUCCUUCGCUUGACAAAAUGCAAGAUGCCGGCCUGAAUAGUCUUAAUGCCUUGAGCUCACAAGUAGCUAACUUACCAAACACCAUUCAGCACAUGCUCCUCACUGACUCAGUGCUUUCACAGAAGAGGAAAGAUGGCGGGCAGGUGCAGCAGGCAGUGCACGGAGUGCCCCCGCCACAGCCCAGGAGUCGAAACGCAAGUGCGGCCUCCAGCACUAGCACCGUCAAAGAUGGAGGUGCAGUGGGCAUCGGCGACGGUGCUAGCCUAGAUGUUGUUGCCGACGAAGACUUCUCUUUGAUGCCAAGUGGGGGCUCAUCCGGGACCAAAGGAGACAGGGAGGAUCAGUUUUCUGAAGGGGAACAUGGGAGGGUGAGGCAGAUGAGUGGUGCAAGCAGUGAGUCUGAAGCAGCUGGCUUUAAUCAAACCCAAACACAAACUGAACGAGCAUCCAGCGUGAAAUCAGUCGCAUCUGAUUCUCCAUCCAAAGACACAGUUGCCACAGAAACAAAAAGAAAAGAAGCUCACAUUCCUUUGCCGUCAUCAUCAUCGUCGUCGUCAUCUCCAUCCUUUGGAUAUCAGUCAUCGGAGACGGGCCCAGUGACACAUCCAGCACCUCCAGUUUCAUUGUCGCCUUCAUUCACCCCAUCCAGCAUUCCUCCCCCACAACCAAACUGCACCCCAGAAACUGGUUUGACAUUUAACGCUGACAGAGGUGGAGAGAGGAAACCGCCAGAUGUGAAAAAGGAAGGCGACGCUGCAGCUGAAAAAACGCAGAAGGUCAGUAGCCAAACACAACGAGACGGAGAAGCCGACACACCAAAUGGUCAAGACAAGGAAAACAGGUUAGUGUCCGAAACCAAACCACAUAAUUAUAAGAGAGAAGACAAACACGCAUCAGAAGAACAGCAGAACUCCAGUAAUGUUGGUGUGAUUGUUUCGGCCAGAUCGGAAGGAGCUCAAGCUGAAAAAAGUAAGCAUCCCCAAGACAACUGUGUGGAAGAAAAGCAGCCGCACUCUCACUCCAGGGAGUCGAGCAGUCAUAACGGCGAGGAAGGUGUAGAUCUGAGUAUGUGUUCUCCCCAACGCCAGAAAUCGAAACCCGGAAGGUCUCAAAAUCCUGCACCGCCUGGUUCACAUAAAUAUGGCUUUUCCGACUCGACAUAUGGCUCGGAUUUAACCAUGAAGAACAGAGUGAGGGCUGGACCAAAGGGUGUAACAGACUCUAACGCGAGAUUCUUAGGCUACCAACAGUCACAAACUGGAUAUGCGCAUCCAAAAGAUGCUCGAGGUCCUGCAGUGGACACCCUGCUGAAGAGAAGCCAAGGCGAGGGAUCGAAGGGUCAGGAGGAGAAUUCACAGAUGCAGCAGUUCCCAAGCCUUUUGCAAGAGGUCCUUCAAGGUUAUAAUUUAGAUAGACGCUAUGGCAGGCCAGAGCAGGCAUAUCCUGCACAUCACCAUGUUCACCAGCAGUUUCCAAACAGACUCGCAUUUGGUAUGACAGAGAGUGGAAGGAUUCAAAGUGCAGUACCUGAGGUUUCAGCUCAUUCUGCUCAAAUGGGGAGUUCUGGGAAGCCCCCAAAUCAGAAACAUGGAAGUGAGCCCGAUUUCCCAGCUGAUCUCCAGUCCGCCAUGAAGUCAGAGCUGCCCAAUGCUAAGAUGUACCAGAAUGCUGAUAAAACUGAAGUGGGUGUGUCGCAUUUACCGCAGGCCACAGAGUCUCAGGAGCCCCCACCAAAACAUAUAAACCUGGCUGACUUUUCCCUCCCACAGAAAAAAGGAUCAGCCAACGCGUCCAACCUUUCCUCUGCUGUGCAGGAGCUCCUUUUGCAGGAGCCAGAGCCACUGACCGGCACCACCGGUCAAACGGAGCCUCAGAAAUCAUCAGGCUCCAUGUUGGCCUCCUCAGAGCGGCGCUCCGUCAUCUGUGAUGUGUCGCCAAACCGACGCAGCACACCGGAGAGGGACAGGGAAAGAGACAGGGAGCGUGAGAAAAGUCAGAGCGGAGCCUCUGUGAUCCAGCAGCCUUUCUCCUCUCCGGCCGCAGGCAGCGACAAAAAGGAUCCCGGAGAGAAACACAUGAUAAAAACAGAGAUGCCGUCAAAAGAGGCUGGAGCAAACGCUGCACAUAUCCAAGCCAAACAUCACGGCAUCAGCGGGGUUAACGAGCCAGACGUGGAGUACCAUUCCAAGUCUGUUCAUUCAGUUGGAAUGAGCGCCGACCCCUACAGGCGAAGUGGCCUGGACAUGACUUCUCACCCUUUGGGCGCUAAUCCUCUGUCUUCACCGUCGAGGCAUCCAUCAUAUCUCCACGGUGUGGAUCUGACAGCCGGGGGGGGCGGCGCCUUCCCUGCUUUUCGAUACGGAGACACAAGAGAAAGCAGCCUGUUGCCGCGCGGCAAUCCGCAUUUCCCCCCCCACCAUCCAUACCACCAUCUCCCACCUCAGUCCCAAACCACCAGCAAGCUGCAAAUGUACGCGCACCCCCGCGCCCCCCCCCAUCACCCGCAUGACAUGAGCGAGUGGAUGAAAGCGAUGAGCCGCUCUUCUAAAGAGAUGAUGAUGCAGCCCGGCUCUUCUCCUGGAAGACAUAAGGUCAGCCAGUCAGAGCAUCGGCACCGAGCCAUUUCCCACGGCGACGUGCCCAGUGAGCAGCAUCCCAGCAAAGUUUCGCUCCAUCAUCAGAGUGCUUAUUACGAAAUGAAAAUGUGGGAAUCGGCACACUCUGGACGGGAGGGUGCUCGUAUGAUAGAGGGAGACCCCUACUAUAGAGCCCAACCUCCUCCACCCCCCCCUCUUCCGUCUCCAGCCCCUGUGGUUUCACACGGCCCCGUUCCCCCGCCCAUGUCCCACAGCCAAAAUGCCGUUGAGCCCGAGCCCCCAAGGGGAGCCCCAGAGGAGGCCAAACAUCCCUGCCCACCUCCUCCAUGCAGCUCCACCAAGCCUCCCCCUGAUGUGAACUCCACUCAGCUACAGGGCCAGCGCCAGACUAAAGCUGGAGGUGCCGGAGACACAAAUCCGCUGAUGCUAAGAAGGAGAGUUCGCUCUUUUAUCUCUCCCAUUCCUGCCAAAAGACAACUUCAAGAUGCGUCUCAGCAGAGAGCUGCCACAAAUUCGCAUCACUCGCCGGCGGCUCCUUCAGAGUCCAGCCAUCACAACGACGAUGACUCAUCAAGUUCGGAUUUGCCAUGUCCCAGACUCACCUCCCCUCUGCCAGGAGAGAGCGCCUUUUCACAAACUCUGUCUCCAUCAAGUGGCAACAGCAAGGUUUUACCUGCCAGAAAAGGGCGAGGUUUAAAGCUCGAGGCAAUAGUGCAGAAAAUUACCCCAAAUGUUAAAAAGCCAGCAGGCCACGCCGAUGAUGAUUCGAACCAUUACCCGGGAUUCCCACACUCUGAAAUGCCGACGUUCAACGAGUCACAGGACCAAGAUUUGGCGCUUUUCCCCAGGGUUUCAGGAGGAGACGACAGUUACAUGGAUGAAAGUCACUCCUUAAAAAGCAUGCUUCCCUUCAGAGGCGUUGAUGAAGCUGGGCCCGUGCCGACGCCCGCCUACCCAUGCGAUCCCCAUCAGACAUCGCAAGCCAUCAAACAGGAUUUUGACUUUGGGUUAGGAUCUGCCGUGGGCUCCACGCCUGGGGACAAAGAGGACUUUGCUUUACUCGGACCUUUACCUCCUCCUCCACCUCUUCCCCGGCCGGUGCAGGGUUCCCCACCUCCAUCCUCCUCUGCCCUGUCAGACAUUCAGCAUUUCACAAACACUUACCAGCAGCUUGAGACGCGGCGGGGGGAGCAGUCUGCCGCCAACCUCCUCCGACAAAAACUUCAAGAAUCGGGCAUGGGAUUUGAAGACUACCCUGGCAGCGACUACUAUGGGACACCCCCUCCCCACCAAGGACACAUGCUGAACAGACAGCAUCAGAUGUCUUCAGGGAGGUCCAGUCUGUCGCCACAAGAUUCAAAGCCACUAGAGAGUGUUGUGCCUAAAGGCUACUUCCCAUCUGGCAAGAAAAAGGGCAGGCCCGUGGGGAGCGUGAAUAAGCAAAAGCGGGCUCAGAACCAAGUCCAAGCGCAGGCCCAGCCUCAGGUCCCGACACUCAACGCAGCCCAGAGUGCUCCCCCGGCACCGCCCCUUCCCUCUCCAGCAGCCGCCAGCACCCCGUCAGCGGCGCAGCCCGCCUGCACCACAUCGACCCCCACUGCGCCCCCUCCGCCCGAAACUAAAGACUCCCCCCUGCUCGACCCGCCUGUACUGACCCAGGUCGUGAAAGUGGACGUGGAGAGCGAAGACGCACAGCCAGAGGUCGAGGCCAAGCCCGUGCGGCGCAGACGCAAGGGCGUCAAGGAUGAAGAUGAGCCGUUUGAAGCCAGGGGGAGGCAGAGGAGGAGGAGGAGAGCGCCGGUAGCGGCGACAACGUCUAUGACCAAAGAUGACCCAGAUACAGCGGCAGGAGGGGGUCUCGGCACUAACAGAGUCUACGCGGAUCCAACCAGAAAGGGCCUGUUCAUUCCUCACAUACACGUGGAGAAGAAGGUACCAGAGAUCGGAGCCGUGUGCACAAUUGUGAACGCUGAGGAGGACAAGAUGAAGGGAGAGCGCAGCGCGGCCGUUGGGAAAGCAGGCGGGAGCGGAUUCGAUUCUCUCCUGACCUCGGCUCUCUCCUCCCAGUUAUCCCGGCGAGACAAAGAAGUGGAGACACGGGAGACGGACGAGGUGGAAAGCGCACUUCAGUCAGGCAAAGCGCUCCCGUCGUCCGGCUAUGUCGUUUCAGGCCCCGUGAUUACCGAGACCAAUCACUCUGGCCGCCUGCUAUGCUGCCUCUGUCAGAAAUGGGCCAAUUACAAGCACCUCGGCGAUCUGUACGGGCCGUACUAUCCAGCCGAAUAUGCCGCCAAGCUCCCCAAGAACCAGCCCCAGAUUAGACAGUGCCAGGCUGCCACGGGCCCCAACAAAACUGGACCAAACUCAGACAUAACCUCCAACCCUUCAAGCGCCAUCCAAGACAUACAAACAACACAACAAGCCCAGUUCACCAAGCCCUCGGCCGAGAGCGAGUAUUCCGCCAGACUAGAUUCAGAGCUAGCGUAUCUCGCCACCAGAGUCCCAACCGCUUACCCAGCUGGAACAAAUGAGAUGAUGAUGAUGCACGCAGCUAGCAGGCUGAGCCACAUCCCCUCGUCCUCUUCCUCCUUCACCACCUCUCUGACGUGGGACAUGCAUCCGGACAUCCGGCCUAUCCCGGAGCUCAAGAGAGAGCCGGACUUCGAAGGCGACCAGCAGCAGCAGCAGCAGGUGCCAAAACAGCAGCCCCAGCAGCCGCCCGAGGUCGCCCAACAGCGGCCGCAACACAGGAAGCUAACCUCCCACCCCCGCUUCAAAAGGCGACACAAGUCCAGCGACGAUUCCCCUCGAAUGGUUCCAUCCAACAGCAAGGCAUCCCUGCCCUUUCAGCCGCCCCCACCCGCCUUGGACUCUCUGGGACCCCUGGCACAACUUGCACAGCUGCCUCAGAUGCCUAUGGACCCAGAGGAACUGUGGGUACAUGAAGGCUGUAUAGUUUGGACCAGUGGCGUGUACCUUGUAAAUGGAAGACUGUACGGCCUGCAGGAGGCACUAGAUGGUGCCAGAGAAACGAGCUGCUCGUACUGUGAGAUGGUUGGCUCAACCUUGGGCUGCUACAGCAAAGGCUGCACACUCCGUUACCACUACCUAUGUUCUAUGGAAGCCGAUUGUUCUCUAAACGAAGAUAAUUUCUCACUGAGGUGUCCGAAGCACAAGGUAAAGAAAGAGAGUUUACCCAGAGCAUCCGGCCAGCCAAGUCAGUGUACCUGGAGCAGUCAGAGAGAGGCUGAGAGAAACGGAGAGGAGGAAGAGACACAGGAGACCGAGAGCUGUUAACUUGGACAGUUGGGGAAUGACAAAUGUGAGGAGACUGGACUUUGUGGGGAACAGCUAAAGGGAAUGUACAAUUUCUCAACAGAAAUCCACUCUACAUUUAAGACAAUGGAGAAAAGUAACAUUUUUGUAUUGCUCUUAAUUAAAUGCAGAAGAAGAAAGAAAGAGGAAAAAAAACUGACAUGCAACAUGGAGGAACGGAGUUGCAGGACGGAGACUACAAACUACAGUGAUUUAAAAGUGGGAUGAAAGGAGACGUGGGGACCGAUGGAAGACUUAAAGGAACUUUUUAUGUAAAGAACAAAAGAAACUAACUUCCUCUCUAGGCAUACUUUGAUUUUCCAGACACCCUUAAAGUGUUCAGCUCUUUAUUUCUCGUCAUCUACAUUUUUUGUUUAUUUUCUUUGCAUUUCAGAGGUGUAUUGGGAGCAAUUUGGGUGUUAUACCCCCCUUCAAAAGAAAACAAGACUUUUUUGUAUCCUCUCACAUGUAGUAUUUUAUCUUAUGAUAUUAGGAUGAUUUCAGUUAUUAUUUUUGUCCUUAUUACUAUUUUGUAUCCUCAACAGUAUUUACUUUUGAAAACAAAAUGGGUGUAUCUCACGUUAUAUUCAAUCAGCACACGAGUUGGACUUACAUUUUUUUACCUUUCCUUUUUUUGUUCUGUUUUUUGUUACCCCAUUCCUGGAGAGGGAGGAGCCAGAGUGAUGAUGUCUGGAAUGUCAGGGUCGAGUUUGCCACAAAGACAUUAUUGCCUUGGAGAACGGACAUCUGUUGCCUUUCAAAAAGUCGUGUAUGAGUGAGACAUGAGUGCGUGCGUGAGGGAGAAAAAAAUGCCAAUAUCUGGGUCUUUAAUUCCAUUUUGGUCCUUUUUGAAAAGUGUUCUUAUUUUUCAUCGCCGGGGUUUUUAUGGUACAGAUAGUAUUCGUGAGAAAUCAGAUGGACGGUCUUAUUUUUCAAAUACAAAUUGUUCAUAACGUGCUAAGAGAAAGAGACUUGCAAGCGGACGUUAACACUAAGGACUUGAUGCGUGUUCGCCAUCUUUAACCAUGCUGACAGGAGAAAGAGGUGAAGGACGGGACGCCAAGGAGCUCUCACCUCCCUGAAAUUAUACGUUCUCCAUGCAAAUUUCCGUUUGCCUAACUCGUGUCAGUCCCUCAUAGAGCGAUGGAACACUUCAGGAAAGCGGACUUUGGAGAGGGCGUCGUACGGGCGGCCAGCGUGGAGCGAGCCCAACCAAGUACUUUAACAUGGUUUCAUUCUGCAGCAGCAUUCAAUAGGGAGAUGCAAAAUCCAUUUAAAAAGAUGCAUUGCCACCAGAUUUCAAAGUGAGUCAUACAUGGUGUCGUCUUUAUCAUUUUCUAUUGUUAUUCUUGUAAAAAAAAAAAUGGAAAAAAAAAGAAAGCCGAGUUGAA